UCAGACGCGGCGAGAGAAACGCUCAGCGCUCAGGAGAACUGAAGAGACAAAGAGCUGAAUCUCACACUCACUCUGAGAGUCCGAGGCACACGAGCUGGAUAAAAUAAAUGGAAUUUUAAUUUGAUUAUUUUGAAACAAGCACGAUAACGCUGGAAUGGGUGAGCAUUAGGUUUGGGAAGGAAACGUAGUGUAAAUCUGACUGUCUGAGGCGGGUCCAGAGGAAUUGAUAACCAUCAGUUUGGCUUUAACACACAAGCUCCGAACAACGUAAUCUAGUUAAGUUGCGUGUGUUCUGCAACCGAGCAGACAGAGGUGGAGAAAAACCUUCCAGGUGUCGAGAGAGCAUCUAUACUAGUUGUUGAACCAAUUAGUUGUUGCGCAAACGGAAGGAUUCGCUCGUCUGUGUUCCCACUGUGUUUAUCUGUGAUGAGACUGACGAAAAUCAUCCACAACUUUGAGCUCAGGUUUUUGAAACGCAAAUGAACAGAUGAGUGAAGACAGACCGUGUGUUUCAGAACCCGAGCUGCUGGACAGCGCCUGUGGAGAGUUUCCUGCAUCUCUGCUUUCAGCCCCAAAGAGGAAACGUGUUGUUACACCGUUUCAGAAAAUAAAUAAACGAUUGUUUUCCUUUAAACUACGUUUUAGUCUGACAUGACAGAACGCAGGUAAAGAGACCAGAGGAAAACAUCCCUUUAUGGUGAAAUUUAGGAUAACAUGUCUGCUCUUCGUAAGAAAUUUGGAAGCGACUAUCAGGUAGUGACCACCACAUCUUCCAGCCUUCAGAAAGACAAGAGGAGGAAACGACAGCGAUUUGUCGACAAGAACGGACGAUGCAACGUCCAGCAUGGAAACCUGGGUGGGGAGACCAGCAGAUAUCUCUCAGACUUAUUCACAACCUUAGUAGACCUCAAAUGGCGAUGGAACCUCUUCAUCUUCAUCCUCACAUACACAGUAGCCUGGCUAUUCAUGGCUUUUAUGUGGUGGGUUAUCGCAUAUAUUAGAGGGGACCUGUACCGUACCCAUGAUGAGAAGUACACACCAUGCGUGGCCAACGUCUAUAACUUCCCCUCUGCUUUCCUUUUCUUCAUUGAGACAGAGGCCACUAUAGGAUAUGGCCACAGAUACAUAACUGAUAAAUGUCCAGAAGGAAUCAUUCUCUUCCUGUUUCAGUCCAUCUUGGGCUCCAUAGUGGAUGCUUUUUUAAUAGGCUGUAUGUUCAUUAAAAUGUCUCAACCCAAGAAGAGGGCAGAGACUCUGAUGUUUAGUGAAAAUGCAGCCAUUUCCAUGCGUGACGGCAAACUCACGCUGAUGUUCAGGGUGGGAAAUCUACGCAACAGCCACAUGGUUUCAGCCCAGAUCAGGUGUAAAUUGCUCAAGUCUCGACAGACGCCCGAGGGUGAGUUCCUCCCCCUGGAUCAGCUGGAGCUGGAUGUGGGCUUUAGCACCGGAGCAGACCAACUCUUUCUUGUGUCACCACUCACAAUCUGUCAUGUGAUUGACAUGAAGAGCCCCUUCUAUGAGCUCUCACAGCGAUCCAUGCAGACUGAACAGUUCGAAAUAGUCGUGAUUUUGGAGGGUAUUGUUGAAACGACCGGCAUGACUUGUCAAGCACGGACGUCGUACACAGAGGACGAGGUGCUGUGGGGCCACAGAUUCUUCCCGGUCAUCUCUCUGGAGGAGGGCUUCUUUAAAGUGGAUUACUCUCAGUUCCACGCCACAUUUGAGGUUCCCACACCUCCUUACAGUGUCAAAGAGCAGGAUGAGGCAUUGCUUAUGUCGUCGCCGCUCAUGGCACCGUCUCUGUGCAACAGCGGAGAGAAGAACAGCUCCCUUGACUGCCUGGAACUGCUGGAGGAUCAGGAGAGCACGAACAAAUUACCAACCAAGCUGCAAAAGAUGACAGGUAGAGACGGGCUUCCCAGGAAGCUCCUGAGAAUGAGCUCCACCACAUCAGAAAUGGCAUACAGCCUGGGCGAACUGCCCAUGAAGCUCCAACGCAUCAGUUCAGUGCCUGGGGUCUCCGAGGAAAAGCAGGUUACUGUGACAACUAAGAUUGCUACAGAGUCUAUCAGCAAAUCGGUUGCAGAAUUGCCACCAAAACUGCAAAGAAUGGCUGGGGGAGGAGGCCGCAUGGACGGACACCUGCCCCCCAAACUCCGAAAGAUGAACUCUGAUCGUUUCACAUAGCUGCUGUCAAAAGGGUCCUCAUUUAACCUGAGAGGUUCAGCGUGUAUAUACAGUAUAGACAGAUAAACCAUAUAUGCUGUACUAAUGAAGUAGGUUAACGUAAUUUAAAAUGUAUGUUCCUGUGGUGGCUUCAUAUACAGUGAACAGACUUAUUCGGGUUGUUGUUAGCACAAUCUGGUAUGGAUGACUCCCUCAAGUGCAUGAAAAAAAAAAAAAAAACCUUCUCCCUCUGAUAUCAUAAUAAGCUGUACAUAUUUAUUUACCAUGGAAAUGUACUGUAAUCAAAUAUUAAUUUCUUCAAGUCAUAUGGCGAUAUAGCGGACAGUUCCUCAUACAGUAUGUGGCUACUUAAGAGCUAUUCAAGUCACACAGUUAAAUUGUUUACCAUAGUUUACCUAGCUUAUGUUACAAUGCAUGUUUAACUUAACAAAGGUUAAAAAUAUGUUCAGACAUACGUACACUAAUUCAUUGUUUUAUGCAUGCUUUAUUUGGAUUUCUCCCGUACAUGGUUGUUAACUGCUAGAACAGUAAUGCCAAUAAUCUUCUUACAGCAUAAAAACAUAGUUUAUCAAUUAUUUAGAAUAGUAAAGCUAUUAAACACAGAACAAACAACAUUAUCAAUGAAUACAUGGCUGUGGUAAGCUUUUUCUGUGGUAAGAUUUUUAUAUUUACUGAGAACAAUAGAGGGGGGGGGUGUAGUUUGGAAAAGCUGGUAUCUCCUUCAUAAUAAUUCACCCAUUUUUUGUUUGGUUUUUUAUCUCCCUCAAGUGAUUUGAAUGCUGUCUUGCUUUAUUU